AUGGUGCGCACUGCGCACGCACCAGUCCCAGGACCCGGAGUGGGCGGGGCCUGUUUCCAUGGUGACUGUCAGGCGGUGAAGAUGGCGGUGGCUCGGCUGCUGCAGCUCCCGGUGAUGCUGCUGUGUGUCUCCGUGUUUUGGCUGCACGGUGUCAGUGUCCCCCUCAACCAGAGACCCAUCAUCGCUGGUCUGCAUAGUCGAAUGUUCAAAAAUUUUCCUAAAAAUCUGUUACAAGCAUUACAAAUCCAACCUCUGACUGGACACUACCACAAUUGGAGCAUAUCCGUGAAGAAUUUUACAAACAACAAAAAAUUGAAUAACUUCUACAAAAUCCUGACUACUAAUAUGGAUAAUCAGAGCGUGGAAUUUGUUUCCACUUUGGAAGCUAUUAAAUACCCCAUUUAUGCAGUUCAGUGGCACCCUGAGAGAAGCCCUUAUGAGUGGAAUACAACCUCGAAUAUCCCACAUUUCUCUGAAGCUGUUAAAGUCGCCUGGUAUUUAGCUGAUUUUUUUGUUAAUGAAGCACGGAGGAACUUCAAUCAUUUCUCCAAUACAACAGAAGAGGAGAAGGCAUUGAUUUAUAACUAUCCACCUGUGUACACUGGAAACAUUUCCAAAUUUGAGCAGAUUUAUGUAAUUGAUUAGAAUUAUUUCAACUGGACUUGUCUCAGUCAAUCAAUUAAAUCUGAUAUACCCA